AUGCAUCACUCAAUCGCAGCAAUCACUGUUUUGCUAGCGGCGUGCCAAGCUGAGCUGGCGGACGACGGCCAUGGACAAGCGGUUUCCUUGCAAAGCAUCCUCCGUCACGACCAGCCUGCCUCUGGAAUCGCCCAUCUGGCAGGCGUAGUUCAACACUCGGCUCCUCUCCAGCAGCACUCCGCCAUAUUGCAGCACAGCGUCCCCAUCGGCCAGGCAACGCCAAUUGUCCAACACGUUGCUCCAGCAAUCCAUGCCCCCGCGGCUAUUGGGCGUACUGAACAAAUUGAGGAGAGUGCACCAGCACAUUAUGAGUUUUCCUACUCGGUUGAAGAUCCACACACUGGUGACCACAAAUCCCAACACGAGACCCGUGAAGGUGAUGUUGUGAAAGGCGAGUACUCACUCCUACAGCCCGAUGGUUCUGUCAGAAGGGUUGAAUAUACCGCAGACGACCACUCAGGAUUCAAUGCCGUCGUCCACAACUCGGCACCAUCAGCGCAAGCAGCCCCUGUUCCUCAAGGACCCGUUGUUCAUGCUGCGCCCAUAGUUCAUGCAGCCCCCAUUGUUCAUGCCGCCCCCAUUGUCCACGCCGCACCCAUUGUUCAUGCAGCUCCAAUUGUCCACGCGGCCCCAAUUGCGCACGCUCCCUUCAUACACGCAACUCCAUUAUUCGCUCAUCAU